AUGUCUUCAUUACGAUACCUAAUUGCGUCUUUUGGCAUCGCCGUCGCGCUACAGUAUGCGCCCGGCCAGUAUCCAUUCCAUGCUUCUCAGCAUCAGCUUGGGGACAGACCCGUGCUGAGCGGAGAGUAUGUCUGCGAACACCCGCCGUACAAAGUCCUCAUGGUCUCCCAGUCUCCCCUGGUCAUCUACAUACAAAACUUCCUCACCACCGACGAGCGUGCUCACUUGCAGAGAAUAACAAAAGACACCUUUACCCGCAGCGGAGUCACCUCCAACAACAACCACAACAACAAAGACAAAUCAAGCACCACAAACAACCACAACAGCGCCCUCCGCACCUCGCAAUCCACGACCCUCCCGCCAUCAGACCCAAUCGUGGCCUGCAUCGAGACGCGCGCACUGCUGUUCCAGGGCUACGACACGCCCCGCUCACACCUCGAGCCGCUGCAGCUGGUCAAGUAUGCGCCGACGGAGCACUACCACUUCCACACCGACUGGUUCACGUCGCCCGGCAGUGAGGGGAACAACCGGGUGACGUCCUUCUUUGCCUACGUGCACGUGGCCAACGGCACUACGGGAGGGGGGACAAACUUCCCGCGGCUUGGUGAAGUACCCGCGGAGGGGAGGUGGUGUGAUGAGGGUAUACUUGACUGUGAUGCGGAAUGGGAGAAGGGGGUUACUUUUCGUCCGGUUGAGGGGAAUGCUGUGUUUUGGGUCAACCUGUUGCCGCCGGAUGGAAAGGGGGGGAGGGUGGGUGAUGAACGGACGUUGCACGCUGGACUGCCUGUUACCGGAGGGGGCAAGAUUGGGUUGAAUAUCUGGACGAGGGAAGGCCCAGUUGCGGAGAGGACCGGUUUGUGA